AAUUGUCAGUGUGUCAGCUGUCUUUGUUCUGAGAUGUCAGUUUAUUCGUCGAUGCUGUCAAAGUAGGCGGCUGUUUACGUUUUUGUAGUUAUUUUGCGAUUGUUUCGAUCAUUUUACUAUAAUUUAUUGUAAAUAGAUAACUUUUAGUCCACAAGUUUCUUAGUGGAUUUUAAUUGUGAUACCAUAUUUAUUAAAUCAUAUCAGAUGUCAAGGGGUGAAAAAAUCUGUGUUUUGUGUUUUAUCGUGUGAGUGCCAGAUUUUAUAUUGUUUAGAAUUUCAUGUGAUAAACAUACGGUGUAUUAUUACUUCGUUUAUUGGAACCUCUCAUCUCUUUAUGAUACAGGUGCUUCAAGGAAUGAGAACUAGUAAUGAAACACUGCUAACAUAAGAAGUGUUCUGUGGUCGCGGUAGCGGCUGAUGUGAUCGUGUUACAAUGAUGAUGACAUGGCGCUGGCUGGCUCUGAUAGCCGCGCUUGAUGCAAGCUGGUCCCUUCCGGAGACAUACUACCACAACCACUUUGCCAUUCAAGUUCUAGACGGACCAGAACAUGUAGAUGAUAUCGCUUUAAGACACGGCUUUGAAAAUCAUGGCCAGAUUGGAUCCUUGAAGGGAUUCUACCUUUUAUCACAUCACAAGGUGCAUAAGAGAUCUCUGGAGCCCAGUCAUGAACAUCAUAAGAAGCUUAACGACGAACCACAGGUGCGGUGGUUUGAGCAACAACGAGAGAGACGUAGAGUUAAAAGAGAUUAUAAACCAUAUGAAGGAGCUCUAUGGUCUCAAUUAGCGAGGCGGCCGGCAUCACAUCGUACGAGACAUCGUGCAAUAACACCAUCCCUUUUCCCUGAUCCAUUGUUCAAAGAACAGUGGUAUUUAAAUGGCGGUGCAAAGGAUGGAUUAGACAUGAAUGUAGCACCGGCGUGGCAAAAAGGUUAUACAGGGAAAGGCGUAGUGGUCUCCAUUCUGGACGAUGGAAUUCAAACUAAUCAUCCGGACCUUAAGCAGAAUUAUGACGCGCUUGCAUCAACUGAUAUCAAUGGUAAUGACGAUGACCCAAUGCCUCAAGAUAAUGGAGAUAACAAACACGGUACUCGAUGUGCAGGAGAAGUAGCUGCAGUUGCGUAUAACCAAUACUGCGGUGUUGGUAUAGCUUACAACGCAAGUAUAGGCGGUGUUAGAAUGUUAGACGGGAUUGUCAAUGACGCAGUAGAAGCCAGAGCUCUAGGUUUAAAUCCUGAUCACAUUGACAUCUACAGUGCCUCAUGGGGACCUGAAGAUGAUGGCAAAACCGUUGAUGGUCCAGGACCUCUUGCAAGAAGAGCAUUUAUCUAUGGCGUGACAAGCGGCAGAAGGGGCAAAGGUAGCAUAUUUGUUUGGGCUUCCGGGAACGGAGGCCGUCAUACAGAUUCCUGUAACUGUGAUGGGUAUACAAACAGUAUAUUUACCUUAUCAAUAUCUAGUGCUACUCAGGGUGGUUAUAAACCGUGGUAUUUAGAAGAAUGUUCAUCUACAUUAGCCACUACAUACAGUUCAGGAACUCCUGGUCAUGACAAGAGUGUUGCUACGGUUGACAUGGAUGCCAGAUUGAGACCUGAUCGUAUCUGUACCGUAGAACACACUGGUACAUCUGCGUCAGCGCCAUUAGCGGCUGGUAUAUGUGCGUUAGCCUUAGAAGCAAAUCCAGACUUAACAUGGAGGGAUAUGCAAUAUCUCGUAGUUAUGACUUCCAGGCCUCAACCGCUCGAAAAAGAAAGUGGUUGGAUUGUUAAUGGGAUCAAAAGGAAAGUAAGUCACAAGUUUGGUUAUGGCUUAAUGGAUGCUUCUGAAAUGGUAAAUUUAGCAGAACAGUGGAUAUCGGUUCCACCACAACAUAUUUGUAAAUCACAAGAAAUAAACGAAGAUAAAGCUAUAGAUUCUUCCUAUGGAUACACUUUAAAAGCACAUAUGGACGUUACGGGGUGCAGUGGAACUGUAAAUGAAGUUCGAUUUUUAGAACAUGUGCAGUGCAAGAUAUCUUUGAGAUUUUUCCCUAGGGGUAACUUGCGGAUACUACUGACAUCUCCCAUGGGAACAACAUCGACAUUAUUAUUUGAACGACCUCGAGAUGUAGUAAGUUCUAAUUUUGAUGAUUGGCCUUUCUUAAGUGUACAUUUCUGGGGUGAGCGUGCAGAAGGUAGAUGGACCCUUCAAAUUGUAAACGCUGGUAAUAGACAUGUUAACCAGCCUGGUAUUUUAAAGAAAUGGCAGUUAAUAUUCUAUGGAACUAAUGUUGAUCCUGUAAGAUUAAGUACGAAACGACCAUCGGCAUUGGGUCCUCCUUUCGGUUUCCCAACUGGAGUAGAUGGCUAUGAUACAGUCGGGGAUUCUUUUUAUAAUACUGACGCGUUUACCAAUUACCAGAACUUUCCUUCAUUAUUUGCUGCUGGGUCAGAUCCAGAAAAAGCAAUAGCCCGUCUCGACGGACAUAAUAUCCCUUCAACGCAUGGGGAGAAUGUCCUCGCUGAUAGUAAUGAUAAGCGUGUCAUGCAUGACUGUGAUCCCGAAUGCGAUGCCCAAGGAUGCUAUGGAAAAGGACCUACACAAUGCAUCGCCUGCAAGCACUAUAGACUUGACGAUGCUUGUGUUUCUCGAUGCCCACCGAGAAGUUUUGCAAACCAAGGAGGAGUAUGCUGGCCAUGUCACGAGUCUUGUGAAACUUGCAUUGGACCUGGGCAAGAUUCUUGUUUGACUUGUGCACCCGCACAUUUAUUGGUUGCUGACCUAGCCGUCUGUUUGCAACAAUGCCCUGACGGAUACUAUGAAGACAGUGAUGCAUCUGUUUGUCGGGCGUGCGCUAUGCAUUGUUCAACAUGUUCUGAUAGAGCCGACGCUUGUACGUCAUGUGAACAUCACCUUGUUUUAUACAAUGGUACUUGUGUUGCGUCUUGUCCACCCACAACAUACGAAACUGAAGAUGAUUCUUGCGCUAAUUGUCAUACGUCGUGCGACACUUGUAUGGGACCAGGACCAGUUCAGUGCAUUACUUGCCAUCCAUCAAAUUACAUCCUUGACGGUCGCUGCGUUAACUCGUGCCCGAGUGCAUAUUACGCCGAUAAAAAACGGAAAGAAUGUUUGAAAUGUCCAGUUGGUUGUUCCAAUUGCUUAAGUUCAUUUUGCUUAAGUUGCGACACUAAUUGGGAAUUAAAUAAAAAGGGUAAAUGUCUCCCCGUUGGCAAUGAUCGUUGCAGUGCUGGUGAAUUUUCUUCUAGCAACACUUGUCAGAACUGUAAUGAAGCGUGUGAUACGUGCUAUGGCGAAGACGAAAAGAAUUGUUUAACUUGCCCCGCUCCAAAUCUCUUGCAGAACUACAAAUGUGUGUCUGAAUGUGGCCGUGGGUACUAUCCAGAAGCGGGUAGGUGUGCGAAAUGUGUUCAUGGGUGUUCCCAAUGUGCAUCAAGACUUAAUUGUACCAGCUGCGAAGGAUCUUUGCGAUUACAAUCAGGGGCUUGCAGGACUUCGUGUGCCGAAGGGUACUACGCGGACCGUGGAGUAUGUUCUAAGUGCUACCUGUCAUGUCGGACCUGCAGCGGUCCAAGACGGGAUCAGUGCGCUUCAUGUCCGUCAGGGUGGAGGCUAGCAGCUGGAGAAUGUUACCCUGAGUGCCCACAAGGUUUCUAUAAAACAGAGGACGGUUGCCGCCACUGCCACCACUAUUGCCGUGAAUGUGAUGGCUCUGGGCCUCUCCAUUGCAAAUCGUGCCCCCCUGGCUUUAUGUUAGAUGGCGGACUUUGUAUGGAGUGUCUGGGCUCGCAGUAUUACGACAAAAGCAGUGGAACGUGUCAUAGCUGUCACGAUUCGUGUAGAACGUGUUCUGGGCCGGGACAGUUUAGUUGUACCGGGUGCUCGCGACCUUUGAGGUUUGAUAGAUUAAACAACCAAUGUGUACCGUGUUGUUCUGAGUCUAGUCAAGCUGCCAAUUCAACCCCAGCAUCGACACCAGACUGCUGUCACUGUCAUCCUGACACUGGUGACUGUAUAAACUCAUCCGUGGCGGGAAAGCGGCGUAUAGCAGAGUGGGGUGCCCUUCAAAGCUCUAAUGACACUCCAUCAAAAACACCUCUUAAUCCAGGAAUGAUGUUUCUGGUAUUUAUCGCUGCUGGAACUAUUGUGGUCGGGCUUAUGGCUGUACAGUUGCAGUGGACGAAGCGGCAACGCCGCGACAGCAAGCAGGGGGCGAUUUAUUCGCCGCUCGCUUGCAGUGAUGACGGUGACGUCACGGUCUUUGCGUCCCGUACUGCCGUCCCAGUGUGCGAGCGGGACAGCGAAUGUCUCGAACACGAACAGGAAUCACUCCUAGAACAUUCCAUAUAGCGCGCGCUGUGAUGUUAGCUGUAAGUUAUAUUUUAGAAACAGCUGGCUUUCAAAUGUUUACAUUACGUAUGGAAUAUUAGUGACAUUUCAAAUUGAGUUUUUUCUGAUUGUAUAAAGAGUGACACGGAAUAUUACUUAAGUAACGGUUCGAAGCACUGAAUGAAUGAUUUUGUUUUAUAUUCAACUUUAUAAUGCACGAAAAGUUAGUUUCUGUAGCUAAGUUUCUCUUAUAUUUUACCAAUUUAUAAAACUAUUGUUUUGGGCCAGUUGUUUCGCAUAGUUUUUUGUGUCAUAUGUAUCUACAGCUAUCAACUGUCAGCGCUAAGGUACUAACGUCAGAGGUUUACAAUUGACAUUGAAAUGUCAUCACUCGAAUAUAUUUUUACCGAAUCUUCCUUUACGUUUGAAUGUAGAUAUAAUAUGAAUACUAUUUAGGCCAAUAUAAGUACUCAAAUAUAGAUAGGAUGAAAAACUGUGUACAGGUAGAAAAUUAAUAUUUUGAUAAUCCUCUGAGUGAUGACGUAACAAAUUUAAUGGAAAUAAGAUGUUAUAUUUUAUUCGUAAUUAGGUGUAAAUUGUUAAUGAACAAAAUGUUCUAAGCGACAGGGCAUUGCCCUCUGCCGUCUACAAUGUGAUAUAAGCGCUUAGAGGUGAAUACGUAUAAUUACUGCUGUUAUUAUUUGUCACUAGCGAAUCCUCAUUGAAAAGCGAAAUUUCAGCUGCACCAUAUUAAGAAAAAGUAUUAUUAAAUAUUUAAAAAGAAACGCUAUUUCUAAAACCGCAAAGUUAAUACACGGAUAUAAUAUAGUUUGAACACGGAACAAACAAACAAGUCACAAACAUAAGUUCCCAACUCGCACACAAAACGGUGUCAAACAUUGCAGAUACGAAAAUUCGCUUGCGGUCAAACUUUGGGGGCAGUAAAUUUAAAUUAUGGCCCGCACCGAAUCUGCUUACUGUGUCUUGUACCCUCAAGUCAAUAGUUAAACACCAGAAACUACGCAACUUUGUUAGGCAAGAUUCCAAACGGGACGGACUUGGUGCCUUUGGAGCCCCAAAAUUGAUGUCAAUUUAUUUAAUAAAUGUGCGUAAAUUUUGAAAUAAUACAUCGUCUUUUUUCUCAUUAAAGGAAUUACUAAAAUUGUUAAAAUAAUGAAUUGAUUUUAUAUUCCUAAUCUGUAUUUGUCCAGCGUUGAUAUUCACAUAGUUUUGUAUUCCAACUCAAAGCCAUCAAGUCUUUAAGAAACUAAACUGUAACCAUCUUUGUAAUGUUGCCAUUUCAGUGGUAAUCCAAUAUUUUAAUUAGACCAAUCUUAAUUGAUUGGUUCUCAAUGGGGCCCCUAAAUUAAUGAAGGGCCGUGUCGACACUUGAUAACUUAGAAAUAGUUUGCACAAGAACGGUUCAUGUAACAGUGACCCAAGAGUUUAUACUUUGUGUUGCCAACUUAACGCGUCAAUUCGAUAUGCUGACGACAAAUUAAUUUGUAUAAAAAAUUUAAAGGUAGUUAAAGGAACAUGCGUUCAGUUAAAACAUACACGAAAAUAUUAACAAUAAUUGUCGAUGGUGACAGCAAUGUUUGGAAUUAAUGAAAUUAAUACUGUUGACAGUUUAACGAUAACAGCAGUGAAUGAAUAAUUUAAUAAUAAUAAUUACACACGGUAUCUGAUACUUUAUUAAUAACAAUAACAUGCCAUAUCGAUGCCAGAUACGUAUUUUGCUCUACAGCGACGCAAUUAAAAUAAUUCUAAGGAUUCGUAGGAAUUAGGACCGAUAGUUACCAUACCGUACAAUAUUUACAUUAGAAAACAUUUUUUUGCUUGCUGGACUACAUUUUUGCACUUAUUUAAAGGUAUGUGAUUCGUUUUUUUAAUUAUCUAUGAUGUGAUGUUGCGAAUACAUAUACAGUCCAGUAUGAUCGGACUUUUUUACGAUUUUCCGUAAUCUUUUGUUAUGAGUAGGAAAUAAAGCUUUCGCUUUUUAUAAUGUUAAAGAUCUAAUAUGGAUUUUUCUCAGUGAAGUUUUAUCUUUCUAUGUGUCUGUCUCAAAAUUUAGUUUAGUCUUUUGUACCAGGUAUUGUUACCAUUUACCAUCACAAAUUAGAUAGGUCGUAAAAUUAUAUUACAUAUAAAUAAUCAAUUGGUAAAUUUUAUAUAUAGGAAAUUUAUUUUCUUGUUUGGGAUUAUUUGUGUACUUAUUUAAUCGGAAAUCUUGACAUCUGAUUUAUAUUUUUUACUAAAUAUGCAUAAUCUUUUAUAAUUAGAAAAAUUUCAUAUCAAUUUUCAAUUUAAUUUUUAUGUGUG